CUGAGCAUGAGCUUUAGAGAGAGAGAGAGAGAGAGGAGUGGUGAAACAGCAGAGAGGCACCGCCACGGAUCUGUUCUAUUGUGUUCUCCAUACUCAUUCUUGAUUUCCAUUAACGAAUGUUCAAUGCGGAGCUUCCUCUGAAACGAAGGAGAGCUUAAAUUCGCAUUUUAUUCUAUCCACCGAGUCAACUCGGUGAUACACUUCUCUCUCUCCCCUUCUCUCUCUCUCUCUCUCUCUGUUUGCUACAGUGUAGGAGUCGAAGUGGGUGGUUUUGGUUUGGGAAAAAGUGGUGAUCUUUGGGGUUAAUGGUUGAUUUCCGGCUGGUUUCGCCGGAGCUGUGGUAAGCUCCGGCGAGUGUUGGGGAAUUGGUUGAGGGAAAUGUGUGUUUGGUAGUUGAAAAAUGUUCAAGUCGGCGCGAUGGCGGAGCGAAAAGGGGAAGAUCAAAGCUGUUUUCAAGCUGCACUUCCGUGCAACUCAGGUAGCAGGGGAUGCAUUGAUGAUCUCUGUGGUUCCUGCUGAUGUUGGGAAGCCAACAGUGAAAUCGGAGAAAGCUACGAUUCGUGAUGGGAGCUGUUGCUGGGAGAAUGCGGUUUAUGAGACUGUGAAGCUGUAUAGAGAACCGAAAUCGGGGAAGAUUCAUGAGAGAAUCUAUAACUUUGUUGUUGGAACUGGGUCUUCAAAAUCGGGGGUUGUUGGAGAAGCUUCCAUUGAUUUUUCGAGCUAUGCUGAGGCAACUAAGGUUUCCUCGGUAUCUCUUCCACUCAAGAACUCGAAAUCAGGGGCUGUAUUGCAUGUAUCGAUACAACGAAUUCAUGAUUCUUUCGACCAGAGUAUUAUUCAAGAAAACGAAACUGCUAAACCUGAUGCCGAGGAUAGGACAUUGAAGGCUCAAAUAAGCAAUGAGGAUAUGGAGGCAAGUUUCAGAGAGGAUUCUGUUGAUGAAACUCCAGUGAAUAAGAACAUUUCGCUUGUUAGCAAGUUGAAUGGGCGGAGGGCGUCUAGUGAAUCUGAUAUCACUUUGUCAAGCUCCGAGUGCAGCUCGGGGCUUGAUACACCCCGGGAUCUUCGAAUGAAGAACAGCAAUACCUGCAAAGACCAGACCACCGUUGGUGUACCAGCAAUCGAAGAGCACCAGAGAUCACGAUGGGAGUGGAUGGGAGCUUCUACUCUCGAUGGUAGUACUGAUGACUCUUCGAGCACUUCUCGAGAGGUCAAUUUGAGAGGAUCCGAAGAAAUUCCAGACGAUGUCGAGAAGCUAAGAUCGGAGCUCGUUGCUGUGGCGAGGCAGGCAGAGGUGUCUGAGCUGGAACUGCAGACGCUUCGUAAGCAAAUCGUGAAGGAGAGCAAACGAGGGCAGGAUCUUUCGAGAGAAAUUGUUAUCCUCAAAGAGGACCGGGAUGCAUUCAAGGAGGAAUGUGAAAAACUUAAAGCCUCCCGGAGACGUUUAGACGAUGCAAAAUCUAAAGACGAGUUGCUCGACCGAGGGGACGUUCAGGCUCUUGUUCAUGAACUCAGACAAGAACUGAACUAUCAGAAGGACCUCAACGCUAAUCUACAGAUACAACUGGAGAAAACGCAAGAUUCAAACUCCGAGCUGAUUCUUGCUGUUCGUGAUCUUGAUGAGCUGUUGGAACAGAAGAAUAAGGAGAUCAUGAAUCUUUCGGGCAAAUCAGAGAUAUCUGAUGAUGCUGAAAGGUUACAAAGUGCUAGCUCGAAACACGACAUUAACAAUGACGACGAUGAUGAUGAUGAUGAUGAACAGAAAGCACUGGAGCAGCUCGUAAGACAGCAUAGCGAUAUUAAAGAAGCAUACCUGCUGGAGCAAAAGAUCACGGACCUCCAAAACGAACUAGAGAUCUAUCGAAGAGAUAAAGACGAGCUAGAGAUGCAGAUGGAACAGCUCGCACUUGAUUACGAGAUCCUGAAGCAGGAAAACCAUGACUUGCUGCAUCGAGUGGAACAAAGCCAACUGCAGGAACAACUGAAAAUGCAGUACGAAUGUUCAACUUCGUAUGCCACGGUGAGUGAACUCGAAGCCCAGAUCGAGGGCUUGGAGAGCGAACUAAAGAAGCAAUCUGCCACGGUGAGUGAACUCGAAGCCCAGAUCGAGGGCUUAGAGAAUGAUCUAAAGAAGCAAUCUAGGGAAUCCUCCGAUUCCUUGCUCACCAUUAGUUCGCUCGAAUCUCAAGCCAAAAGUUUGGAGGAAGAACUGGAGAAGCAAGCACAGGGAUUCGAGGCUGAUCUCGAGGCUCUCUCUCGUGAUAAAGUAGAGCAGGAGCAAAGAGCUAUACGUGCAGAAGAAGCACUGAGAAAGACACGGUGGCAAAACGCUAACACUGCAGAGAGGCUGCAGGAGGAAUUCAAGAGACUCUCCGUGCAAAUGACAUCCACAUUCGAGGCUAACGAGAAACUGGCUAUUAAAGCAUUGGCCGAAGCAAGCGAGCUCCGCCUACAGAAAACUCAUCUCGAAGAGAUGCUGCAAACAUCAUCCGAGGAGCUCGAGUCAGUGACAGAACAUUAUGAAGCGAGAUUGCACGAGCUCACCAGUCAAGUAAAUAUGAUGUCGGGUCAAAUCAAACAGAUGCAGUCCGAAAAAUCCACACUGCUUGAAAACGAGAAAAGGCAUGCUGGAGAAAAACGAGACGAAAUGCAAUUGGCCAAAGCUGAGAUUGAAAAGCUAUUAGAAAGCAACAAGAUCCUCUCCGAGCUUGCAAACAAGAGGGAAAGUUUGAUAAACGAGUUGGAGGAAAUGAAGGAAACAAUAGCAGAGAUGGAACUGAUGCUAGAGCAAGGCAAUAAAGAAAGAUCUCAUCUGGAAAAUAUGCUCGCCUUGAUGCAAGAAAAGGCCGAGGAAUCUUUAAAUGAAUUGAACAGUAUAACACAUCUUAAGGACGAGAAGGACAUGCUAGUUGGUAAACUCCAGUUGGAGAUAGGUACUCUUAGAGAGCAAUAUAAUGAGCUGAAGACUCGUUCGUCUGAGGAUGAAUCGGAGAAAGAUAAGUUGAGGAAGCAGGUGUCCCAAUUGAAGGGCGAUCUGAAGAAGAAAGAAGAUGCAUUAAAUAGCUUAGAUAAGAAACUCAAAGAUGCAAACAACAAGCUGGCGUCUACUAAUGGAGCAAAAGCUGCUUCAAGGAACAAUAAAUUUGCAUCUGCUACCCAGGGUCUUAAGGAGGUUAAUAGUCUUAAGGAUAAAGUCAAAUUGCUCGAGGGUCAGAUCAAGCUCAAGGAAAAUGCUCUCGAGACCUCAACAAAUUCAUUUUUGGAGAAGGAGAAAGAUCUUCAAAAUAAAAUUGAAGAGUUAGAAGCAAGAUUAGAACAAAUCAAUCAGAAUACUGCAAUCAUUUGUGAACAGAAUUCCGAAAAGGUAGCUACAGAAGACUUAAAUCUGAAUCCUGGAAUGACUGAAACAGUAAAUAGCAGUGAGAAUGGUUUACUAGAGGAAGAAAUACGAGACUCUGUCAGCAGUACCGGGGACAUGAACAAACUAUUGAACGAAGUUACAUUACUCAGGGAGAAGAACUCAUUGAUGGAAGAUGAGUUGAAGGAAAUGCAAGAGAGAUACUCCGAAAUAAGCCUCAAGUUUGCAGAGGUAGAAGGCGAAAGACAGCAACUUGUCAUGAAAGUGCGCAACCUUAAGAACGCAAAAAAGGGUCACUGAAUCAAUCAGAUUCUUUUGCUGCUGAAAGAUCUAGAUGCAACUUGUAUUCAAGAAUUCAUUCAAGAUUGAAAAAGAAAAGAAAAAAAAAUAGAGAAGGUUGUAUAUUUAUGAAAUACAUUUGUUCUUUGUUCUUUCCUCUCUUGCAUAUAGUAUGAUCUCCCAAUAGGAUAUAUAACAAAAUGACAGUAGCCUCACUUUGUAGGUUUAUACAAUGUGUAUCCACAGAUUUUGCAUAAUAUUGAUGCAGUUGUUAAUUGUUUGUGA